AUGACGGUCUCCGCCUCCUUGGCCAUUGAGAGCUGCACCGCCGGGGGCUCGGAGCGAAGCGUCACAGACUACUUGCUGGAGCUGACGCGAGUAUGCAGCCAAGGAAGCAAAGAAAGGAACUACCACAUCUUCUUCCAGCUGAUCGAAGCCCGGGAGAGCGCUGAGCUGAAAAGCCUUGGAAUCAUGGAACCCAAGGACUACGCCUACCUCCGUGGGUGCCUGCCAAAGGCGCCGGGCAUCGACGACGCGCGCUUCUUCGAGGAGCUGAAGGACGCCUUUCAGUCGUUGGGCAUCGACUCCAAGCUUCAGCUGGAGGUCUUUGGCAUCGUGGCGGGGAUUCUGGUGAUGGGCAACAUCGAGUUCAGCGAGGCGGGAGAUGCCGCGCAGCUGGUAGAUGAGGCCCCAGUCAAGAAGGCCUCGGAACUGUUGGGAGUAGAGCUCGAGGCGUUGAAGGGCGCCUUGCUGAAGCGGAUGAUCAAAGUGGGUGCGACCGCCGGCUCGGGAUUCGGAGUCGGAGCGGGUGUGUUUCUUAGCACGGGAACCUAG